AUGGGGGACAGCAAACUGCCAUCCGCUGUGAAAGGGUGUGUACAUUUUUAUGUUGUUUUGGACGCUGCUGAGGGGGCCGCGCCAGAGAGGAUCUGCGUGGAAGCCCUUCUCCCACUCGCGGCUCAAGACCCGACCCACUCGCGUGGGGAGGCGACUCAGGCAAGGCUCGGGUCUAUCUUCGCCUUGGGCGCCCCACAGGCAAGCCCUCCCCACGCCCAGCCCGGUGGGCGGUGUCCCCGUGGGAAGAGGGAACACGAUUCCUCGUGGGCCGAGCAACGGAAGGGGAGAAGGAGCCACAAACGUCGCGCGUGGAUCGUUCCUUCCUUGCUCCGCUUCGGAAAAGAAACAUCAGAGUGGCCCAGCAGGCAAUCAUCCAGAAGGACAGAAAUGGACCUGUGGAUCCUUCUUCCUCUCUAUGGGAUCUUGAUAGGCUCAACAGUAGCAGAACCUCCGCCACCCAAAGAUGUGCCCCAUGAUCCCUUCCAUUAUGAUUAUGAAUCUUUAAGAAUUGGGGGCCUGGUGUUUGCAGUUGUGCUGUUCCUGCUUGGCAUUCUCAUUAUUCUCAGUCGGCGUUGCCGUUGCAAGUUCAACCAGCAACAAAGGACGGGUGAACCUGAUGAAGAAGAGGGGACCCUACGCAGUUCAAUCCGCCGUUUAUCCACCAGGAUGAGAUAGAAGACACCUGAGAUGGUUACUCCCAGCAUACUCUUCCCUGGAUCCAGAGUGUUCCCUUCCUUGCACCGCAUUGCACAACCUUAUCACCCCUCGCUCUCCACAAUGCCUUCGUCUUUUCUACCAAACCCAGUAAAUUCCAGGCCUGAUGCCUCCAUUUUGAUCCUAGCCCUAGUUAGUUCUCCCUCCAUGCCACUGUGGCUUAAACUUCCACUCCAGUGCUGUUUUCUUUCAAGGGGAGAGAGGUUGUGAAGCAUAGUACUAGUGUUAGUCAGUGGGCAGAGCUCAAGAAAGUUACUUGCCAGAAUCCUUCAGCAGGAAGACUGUGAGUGUUGCAGUCCAAACAGGAAACUUUUCCAUGCUAAAAAUCUGUAUUCUGUGCACCCGUCUAGACAGUACCUUUAUCCCAGGAGCUCCCUCAGCAAUGAGGAGGGUGGCCAGAUGCCGUUCUCAGUAAACCCAGGAGCAAUCGCACCAAAAGACAAAAAACGCAAGAUUUCCAG